AUGACUCUUUUCUGGUGUUUGCUUGCCAUUGUGUUCUUGAGCCUGGCAGCACUGUUAGCGCUCUGGACAUCUCGAGGCACUUCCCUGGAACCUCCACAGCUCCCAUCUCUGCCACUGAUCGGCAGCCUACUCAGCCUUGGAGGCACACACCCUCCACAUAUUCUCUUCAAGAAGCUGCAGGCCAAGUAUGGGGCCAUAUACUCGCUGAAGUUGGGCUCCAAUAAGGUCAUUGUGGUCAACCAUCACACACACGCCAAGGAGGUUCUGCUCAAGAAGGGCAAGGUAUUUGCUGGAAGACCUCGAACCGUGACCACAGAUGUACUGACCAGAAAUGGGAAGGACAUUGCAUUUGGGGACUAUAGUGACACCUGGAGAUUCCACAGAAAAAUCGUGCACGGAGCUUUAUGUAUGUUUGGAGAAGGCUCAGCUUCCAUCGAGAGCAUCAUUUGCGCAGAGGCCCAGUCCCUCUGUACGCUACUGUCAGAGGCGUCUGCAGCUGGCCUGUCUCUGGACCUCUCUCCUGAACUCACUCGAGCUGUCACAAACGUCAUCUGCACCCUGUGUUUCCACUCAUCGUACAGCCGCGGGGACCCUGAGUUUGAAACUAUGUUGCGCUAUAGCCAGGGCAUUGUGGAUACUGUGGCUAAAGACAGUCUGGUGGACAUCUUCCCUUGGUUACAGAUGUUUCCCAACAAAGAUCUGCAUAUCCUCAAACAUUGUGUGUCUAUCAGAGACCAGCUCCUUCAGAAGAAAUAUGACGAGCACAAGGCAGACUACAGUGACCAUGUACAGAGGGACCUGCUGGAUGCGCUGAUCCGGGCCAAGCGGAGUGCAGAAAAUAACAACACCACAGAGCUGAGCCUGGGACCAGGGGCCUUCACUGAUGACCAUUUGCUCAUGACAGUGGGAGACAUUUUUGGGGCUGGAGUGGAGACCACCACUACAGUGCUCAAGUGGGCUGUGGCUUACCUCAUCCACCAUCCUCAGGUGCAGAAGCAGAUUCAGGAGGAGCUGGACCACAGGGUGGGGCUAGAGAGGGCCCCUCAGCUCAGGGACAGGGGCAGCCUUCCGUACCUGGAGGCCACCAUCAGAGAGGUGCUGCGCAUUCGCCCUGUGGCUCCUCUGUUCAUCCCACAUGUGGCACUCAGCAACACCAGCAUUGGAGACUUCAGUGUGACAAAAGGCACUCGCGUGGUGGUUAACCUGUGGUCUCUGCAUCAUGACCCAAAAGAAUGGCCCAACCCGGACAGCUUUGAGCCUGCUCGCUUCUUGAACAAUGAUGGCAGUGGGCUGGUCAUUCCCUCUCCUAGUUAUUUGCCCUUCGGAGCAGGUCUCAGGGUGUGUCUGGGUGAGGCUCUGGCCAAGAUGGAGCUGUUUCUGUUCCUGUCUACCAUGCUGCAGCGCUUCACUCUGUCUGUGCGCCCUGGAGAUCCCCUGCCCAAUUUAGAAGGCAAAUUUGGGGUAGUACUCCAGCCCACCAAGUACUUUGUAAGCGCCCUGCCACGUCCAUGCUGGGACAGAUAUAAGAGCCUGGAUUAA